CCGCCGAGGCCGCUUCCGCCGCCGCCUGAGGGGAAACCCAUCAAGCCCGAGCAAGAUGGCGACGCUCUCCGUCUUGCAGGCUUCGCUGGCCGACGCUGCCGGAGGAUUCAGCUUCCACAACUGCGCCCGGAAUUCUCACCUUGAAGUGGAGGGGACCAAGAAGGGCCUGCGUCUUCCCACAGCCCACAAGACUGGCACCACCAUUGCUGGGGUAGUGUUUAAGGAUGGGAUAGUACUUGGAGCAGAUACAAGAGCCACUGAAGGGAUGGUUGUUGCUGACAAGAACUGUUCAAAAAUACACUAUAUAUCUCCAAACAUUUAUUGUUGCGGGGCUGGAACGGCUGCAGACACAGAAAUGACAACUCAGUUGAUCUCUUCUAACAUCGAACUCCACUCGCUCUCAACUGGACGGCUUCCAAGGGUGGUCACAGCCAACCGGAUGCUCAAGCAGAUGCUCUUCAGGUAUCAAGGUUACAUUGGUGCAGCCCUGGUUCUGGGUGGGGUAGAUGUCACUGGGGCCCAUCUUUACAGCAUCUAUCCUCAUGGAUCUACUGACAAAUUGCCUUAUGUCACAAUGGGUUCAGGUUCAUUGGCAGCUAUGGCAGUUUUUGAAGACAAAUUCAAGCCUGACAUGGAGGAGGAAGAAGCCAAACAGCUUGUGAGAGACGCCAUAGCAGCUGGCAUAUACAACGAUCUGGGCUCUGGCAGUAACAUUGAUAUUUGCAUCCUCAGUAAGAACAAGCUGGACUUUCUCCGUCCCUACGAUAUGCCCAACAAAAAAGCGGAAAGGCAAGGGCGAUACAGCUGUGAGAGGGGAACUACAGGUGUGCUCUAUACGAAAGUUACACCCUUGGAUCUUGAAGUGGCAGAUGAGACAGUGCAAACAAUGGAUACAUCUUGACUUACUGGGAACUUCUGGGCAGUGGAAGAGGAUUGAGAAUUUUCAUACCUGAAUUCUGCAUCUGUAUGCUGGCAUUAAUGUUCUGUAUGCAGAUUUAAUAAAAACCAAUAUGAAUUGA